AUGGCUCCGGGGCCCCUGCCCGCCCCGCGCACCCCGCACACCCCAACUCUGGGGCGCUGGGCGGCCCACCCCUCCCCCUCUCCGCCUGGCUCCUACGCCAUCGCCCUCCCGGCAGCUUGCAGCGCCGGGGAGGGCGCGGGGCCCCCCUCCCCGGCCCCGGGCGAUCGCGCCCCCCCCUCCACCGGCCGCCGCCGCCGCCGCCGCCGCCGCCGGACCGGCCGCCGCACCGGGGCCCCCUUAGCCGCCCCCCAGCGCCGCGCGCGCCUGGAGGCGGGGCUAGGCUCAGCCCCCGACCCCGGAGCCCCCAGGUCAACCCCAAAGGGAGCGGUCGCGGCGCGGGGCGCGGCCCGGGCCCCCGCGGCGCCGGGCAGCGGGGAGGGGGCCCGGCUGUUGGCUCCGUACCCCCCCAGCGCCGCCGCCGCCGCCGAGAGGAGGCCGGCGCAGCGCAGCCGACACCGACGCAGGGCUCCGGGCUCGGGCUCCGGGCGAGCGCGCCCGACGGCCUCGGCCCGGACCGAUCGCGGGACGGGACCCGCGCGGCGCAGGGCCGCCGGACGGGCGGGCACCGAGCGGGCGCGGGGCUGGCUGCGGCACCCCCGCCGGGGCCGCACGACCACCCGCUGCCUAGCCCACCCCCACCCCACCCCUACCCCACCCCCACCCCUGCCUCAGGAAGGUUCCAGGGGAGAACCUCCCGCCCCCACCUCAGGAAGGUUCCAGAGAAGAACCCCGCUCCCACUCCAUCCAGGUCACAAGGGCUGGAGCUCCGAAGGGCCCAGGCCCCCUGAGCCAGGCAUAGAGGAGGAGGUCCGAGGAAGGAUGGCCGGCAGUCACCCCUACUGCAACCUGCCCGACUUCACCCAGCCAUCGCCGCCCUCCACUCCGCCCAGCCUCCCCUCGCACCAGCGCUGCCGGCCCUCCGAUGCCACCAAGGGCCUGCUUGUGGCCCUGCUGGGUGGGGGCCUGCCCGCUGGCUUCGUGGGCCCCUUCUCUCGUAUGGCUUACCAGGCUUCCCACUUCCCCUCGCUGGAGCUGCUCAUCUGUCGAUGUCUCUUCCACCUCCCCGUUGCCCUACUACUUAAACUGCGCGGCGACCCUCUGUUGGGACCUCCCGACGUCCGGGCCCGGGCCUGCCUCCACGCCCUGCUCAACGUCCUCAGCAUCGGAUGCGCCUACAGCGCGGUUCAGGUGGUGCCGGCCGGCAACGCUGCCACGGUCCGCAAGGGCUCUUCCACGAUGUGCUCUGCCCUCCUCGCCCUCUGCCUCGAGAGCCAGGGCCUCAGCGGCUACGACUGGUGCGGCCUGUUGGGCAGCACCCUGGGACUCAUCAUCAUUGUGGGACCGGGACUAGGGACACUGCAGGAGGGGACCACGGGCCUCUACACCGCCCUGGGCUACGUGCUGGCCUUCCUGGGCGGCCUGGCGCUGUCGCUGGGGCUGCUGGUAUACCGCUCUCUGGACUUCCCCUCUUGCCUCCCGACGGUGGCCUUCCUGUUUGGCUUGGUGGGGCUGGCGGGCUCUGUGCCAGGCCUCUUUGUACUGCAGACCCCUGUGCUGCCCAACGACCCUCUGAGCUGGAGCUGCGUGGGGGCGGUGGGGAUCCUGGCCCUGGUCUCCUUUGCGUGCGUGAGCUACGCAGUCACCAAGGUCCACCCCGCCCUGGUGUGUGCCGUCCUGCACUCCGAGGUGGUGGUGGCCCUGAUGCUGCAGUACUACGUACUCUAUGAGACAGUGGCACCUUCUGACAUCAUGGGGGCAGGGGUGGUGUUGGGUAGCAUUGCCAUCAUCACCGCCCAGAACCUCAGCUGUGAGAAGGAAGGGCAGGUGGAGGAGUGACAUCGAACUCGAGAGCCUGGGGGUUGGGGGUGGGGGGGGGGUGGGGGGCAGGGGGAAAUAGAAGGAGAAGGAGGGACUGGCAGGCAAGCAGGGGAGGGCACGUGACCAGGAAAGAACUGGAGAUGGGAGAGGGGCACCCCUUGGGAGUCAAGGGUGCCCUGGGGACUCAGUGGAGAAGGGACUGUCUGGAAGAGCUGGGACGAGCGUGGGGAUCAAGAGAUGUGGAGUCUAGGCUGGGGCUUGGGGAUCAGGACGUGACCGUGGGGUAAGUAAGGUCUGAGGAGCACAUCAAAGGGGUGAGGCAGGCCGGAGGUGAACCACGGGGAGGAUUUUCCCCUCAGUAGCAGACAGAAGAGCACUGGGGCUGGGCUGUUUGGGGCUUUCAGGCGAGCGGACAGAGCCAGCGGCCGGCGUGAGGGAGUGUGCCUUUUUCCCUGAGAGACAGUUUCCUUUCCUCAUGGUUAUGCUCCCCCCACCCCCGGGGUGGUGACGUGACAUUGACAUCAAACAAGGAUCACUCUGAAUGUG